AUGAGGAUAAACGGACGCCACUUCACUAUGCCACUAUUGAGAACAACACCGACUGCGUUCUGCAUCUACUGCAAGCUGGAGCUAACGCAGAUCAAGGAGAUAAGGCAGUAUGGAAAGACACAACUUCACUAUGCCAGUGAGCAGGGUCGUAUCGACUCUGUGCGGCAUCUACUGGACAACAAAGCCAAUCCAAACCAACCUGACGAGUGGGGAAAGGCACCACUUCACUAUGUCAGUGGCCAGGGUCAUAUCGACUGUAUGCGGCAUUUACUGGACAGCAAAGCCAAUCCAAACCAACCUGACAAGGAUGAACGAGCACCACUUCACUAUGCCGUUAUUGGGAACAAGACCGACUGCGUUCUGCAUCUACUGCAAGCUGGAGCUAACCCAGAUCUAGGACAUAAGGCAGGUUAUGGAACAGACAUUUGA